AUGGCUGCCACGGUAACCUUACCCGAUGAAGAACUUAAGGAAAUCUACGCAUUUGCGUUGGAUUUGGGGAGGAAAGCGGGAAAGAUAUUGAUGGAGGGGGUGGAGAAGAGAUGUGAGGGGGAUAAUGGGGGAAAGGAAGAGGAAAAGAUGAAUGCAGUGGAUAUUGUUACGCAGACUGAUUUGGAUGUCGAGGCAUUUGUUAAGCAUGAGAUAUUAAGUAAAUAUCCAUCACAUAAAUUCAUCGGAGAAGAAACCUAUUCCUCCGGCUCCUCCAAACAAUAUCUCGUUGAUUCUUCACCUACCUGGAUUGUAGACCCUCUCGACGGAACAGUAAAUUACACGCAUUUAUUCCCUAUGUUCUGCAUCUCCAUUGCCUUCUGUCUCAAUGGGAUUCCUAUUAUCGGAGUCAUCUAUGCCCCCGUUCUUGAUGUAUCUUAUUCUGCUCUUGUGGGUCACGGCGCAUGGGAAAAUGAUCACUUAGGAGUUGGCAAUGGUGUUGCUUCUGGAGGAGGUAGCUCUGCUUCUGGGAUUCUGAAGAGAAAAAGACAGUUACCGUAUGUGAAGGGCAAACCAUUGGGUAAAGAGGCGCCGAAGGGGUGUACAUUUAGUUGUGAGUGGGGGAAGGAUAGGAGGGAUAUUGAGGGGGGAAAUUUGAGGAAGAAGAUUGAUAGUUUUGUUAAUUUAGCGAGUGAAAUUGGUGGGAGGGGUGGUAAAGGGGGAAUGGUUCAUGGGGUUCGGAGUUUGGGGAGCGCGACAAUGGAUUUAGCCUACACAGCAACAGGAGCCUUUGACAUUUGGUGGGAAGGAGGUUGUUGGGAAUGGGACGUAGCAGCAGGAAUCUGCAUUCUCCGCGAAGCAGGCGGUUUAAUAACCACUGCCAACCCACCCUCCAAUCCGGAAACCGAUCCUAUCGAAGAAGUAAAAUUGGGUAGUCGCUUAUAUUUAGCCAUUAGACCAGCAGGCGCCACAGCUACAGAAACAGGACGGCAGCAACAAGAGCGCGUCGUGCGCGAGGUAUGGAAACGUGUUGAGGCGUUGGAUUAUACACGUCCUGGGGCUUAG